GUUGAUACAUCUGUCGAAGACAAAUUGGAUAAACUCAAAGACUCGCUAUCGAAAACCCUAACUCAGUUCUACCCGUUCGCUGGACGGCAAAAGGACUCCAACACCAUUGAUUGUAAUGAUGAGGGAGUUCUGUUUAUGGUAGCCAAAGUAAGUUGUGACAUGGUUGAUUGCCUUAAACCACCAAAUCUUGAGUUGCCCAAAAAGCUUCUUCCAUUCAAACCUGUUUUUCUUGAUUCCCCUGAUAAGGCUGUGCAGGUAGGCAUUAAGGUCAAUAUAUUCACUUGUGGUGGUAUAGCUUUUGGUGUAUCUUUCAACCACAAAUUUGUUGAUGGUACCACCAUUAGUUCAUUCUUCAAAGCUUGGGCGGCUACUGCUCGUGAAAACGUCGAUAAAGAAGUGUGUCCGCAUAGCAUGGCAGCGUCACUUUUUCCACCGGAUGAACUUUUUUCAGCGCAAAUGCCAUUUUUCGACGAAAUCACGCCGAAGGUGGAUCCGGAGAGAAGGAAGAUGAGGAGGUUUGUGUUCGAUGCAGCCGCGAUAUCUUCUCUCAAGGCCAAGGCAAGAAGUGAAAAUGUUCCGAACCCAACUUGGGUUGAGGCAGUCACUGGACUUAUAUGGAAAUGCCUAAUCAGUGUUUGUUCAGUGAUAUCAGGUACCCAGAACCCAAAUUCUUUGGUACACUUAAUCAAUUUAAGGCCAAGAUUGAAUCCUCCAUUGCCAGAGUUCUCUAUAGGGAAUAUUCUCGGGAGAGCAGCUGCAAAUUACGACCCAAUGAAUGAGAGAACCGAAGAAAAACUUCUUCCUUGCUUAGUAGAACUCCUAAGAAGAUCUAUAGAGGAAGUCAAUUCUGAUUACUUACAAGAUUUGCAAGGUGAGGAAGGAUUCAAGAAAAUCUGCAAUUUACUUGAAGAAGGGAGAGAUUUUUUCCAAGUCAGGAAAAACUUUUGUGGCAUCUAGCUUAGUAAGAUGGGAUUCUAUGAAGCGGAUUUCGGGUGGGGAAGGCCUGUGUGGAUGACUGUAGGACCAAUUAUUCAAGAAGCACAAAUUAAUAUGAUAUACAUUAUGGAUAGCAGAAGUGGUGAUGGUAUUGAAGUGUUGAUUCUGUUGGAAGAUCAUGAAAUGGAGAUAUUGGAGAAUGACCCAGAAUUGUUACAAUAUGCUACAUUGAAUCCCGAUAUACAGUUCUAGGUGAUGUUCAUGUUCUCUCUAGGAAUUCUGGUUUUACUCUGUUUCUAUGCUCUGAACUUGUAGUUGUGAAAUUGAUUUGUGGGUUGUGAGAAGAAACCUGAAUCAGUCUUUUCAUAAUGUGUCAUGGGUUUGUUUGAAGACUUAAAAGAAGUGAUUCUACUGUUAUUGUAUGUUGGUGUCCAAUUGGGGGUGGAAUUCGGUGGGUUGUGCUUUCAGUGGAUUCCCUCGUCAAUAGGAAAAAGUAUGUAUGGUGUAAGUAGAUGCACACCAAGUGUUUGAUAUUUGGUCUGUUUAGAAAUUGAGUUAGUUUUUCUGUGGUUUUUCAAUAA